AUUAAAAUGGCAAUAAGUAAUGGCACAUCAAUAUUGGUUGGAUCUAUAAUCUAUAUUGUUUUAGGAGUAGUGGCUUGUUUUGGAUUCAAUAUUUAUGUCACUAAAAAAACUAAGAAUCCUCAUGACGUUGCUGAAAAUAGAACGUAAUAAUCAAUCUCAAUAUAGAAUAACACUUGUAAGUGUGACUAUUGCUACAUUUUGUACUUGGUUAAUGUGGAUUGUUGCAUAUAUGGCGUAAAUGAAUCCUUUAAUUACACCAGAAUGGGAAUCUCAUUAACCAAAAGAAGAAAAUUGAGUAUUGUAUUGAUAUUUCAUGUAAAAAUAAAUUAGAUCG